GAGAAAAAAGAAAAAAGAAAAAGCAAAAAAGGAGAAAAAAGAGAGUCAACAACAACGCGGUUUAGCUAGAGGGGAGGAGAGGAGACGGGAGAGGGCGGGGGUGGCUCUGUUGGUCAUCUAAGAUUGUGCAUAAGCUGAUCAUCAUUGACGAUAACGAAGAAGAUGGGUUGCUGUGCAAGCCAAAACGUGGAUUCUAAAGCUUCUAGGAUUGCCCGCUGGCGAUCUACCGGCAUUGUUGCUUUUCGCGACGCUAAAUUGAAGGCUUUUCCUGACGAGGUUCUUGAUCUUGACAAAGCGGUCCGCACCCUUGAUUUAACACACAAUAAAUUGGUUGACAUUCCAAUGGAGAUCAGCAAAUUGAUAAACCUGCAACGCCUGGUUUUAGCUGAUAAUCUUGUUGAGCGAUUGCCAAUGAAUUUGGGGAAACUGCAGUCACUAAAAGUUAUGACUCUUGAUGGGAAUCGAAUUGCUUCCUUACCUGAUGAAUUGGGUCAGCUGGUGAGGCUUGAGAGGCUUUCCAUCUCAGAUAACAUUCUAACAUGCUUGCCUGAGACGAUUGGGAGUUUGCGCAAUUUAUCACUUUUAAAUGUGUCAAAUAACAAGUUAAAGACUCUUCCAGAAUCAAUUGGGAGUUGUUUCUCUCUAGAAGAAUUACAAGCAAAUGAUAAUCUCAUUGAAGAUCUUCCUGCAUCUGUUUGCAAUCUCAUUCACUUGAAGUCGCUUUCCCUGAACAAUAAUAGUGUGGGCCAGAUUCCUCCAAAUCUUUUGAAAGACUGUAAGGCUCUCCAGAGUAUUUCUUUGCAUGAUAAUCCAAUUUCUAUGGAUCAAUUUCAGCAGAUGGAAGGAUUUCAAGAAUUUGAAGGCAGAAGGAAGAGGAAGUUUGACAAACAAAUAGAUUCAAACGUAAUGAUUGGUUCAAAAGGCCUUGAUGAGGGUGUUGAUCUAUGAUUGCUAUUGUCUUGAUACUCCAACAACAUAAAUGGACGUGGGACAUCUUUAAGGGCUAAAGCAAGGGAAACAAGGGUGUUGAAUCGUGAUGGUUGUAGUUUUAGAGUAGCUAUCUCCUUAUACAGCCUGAAUAUUUUGUCACCUAUGGAAUAUAACAUAUCGUUGUAAAUGUCUUCUCUUUUCUUUUUGAAUAGUUAAUUAUGGGUGUUUUGGUA